AUGGAGGCUGGUGAAUCAAGCGGCGCUCACCCACCGGGCCCUUCGACAUAUCUUUCAUUCAACAGGAUGAAGGUAACCAACAUUCCCAGCAUCACGGAGCUCCGCAAAGAGCUCGACUAUGGGCAUGCUCGCGAACGACGGGACAUUGUGUUCUACAAUACUGUACGAGCAUAUAUGUUUACAUUUGUGUCUCGGAAAGGCAUUUCUGGCCCGGAUCUACUCAAAUGGAAAUACCGUCCUCACCAAGCUGGUUUGUUGGAGAUGGCGUCGCAGUUCUUAGAUCAAGAUGCGAAGGGAGCAUUUUUUUGGCCCGAUGACCCUGCGGCACCAAACCAUGGCAAACUGCAGUAUUCUAAGGAACCCCGGCGGAUAAGAAACAUUAUGGUGCAACUAUUCUUCAAGAUCAACCAGCAACACAAAUGGAAGGGGAAUAAUCGAGCCGUUGCCGACCCUCAGCUGCCAGAACGAUCCAGCCCAGCCUGUCACACGAGGGAGCAACCAAAUUCCACGGGGCCCCAACAGCAGACUGAUUUCAAUCAUGUUUUGAGGGGCCACAGCGCCGAGUACGCAAUUGACGUCGAUAGCUUCACGCUCAAUGGCGAUGAUGUUGCGGAAACAAAGCCCGAUAAAUCUGUCUGGGACGAUGCUACCACGUCUACACCCGAACCGCCGUACACUUCCCAAUCCUUCCCACCUCUUUCAACUGAGCUUUUCGGUAACCAUAAGCCGAGUACGCAUGAGGAAGCUGGAGAACCAAGGGCAAGUUCACAAGUGGCGCCAAUGGCACCAAUGUACGACCCAUUCGACGGUCCAAACAGUCCUGAAUCGGAUGUCCCUCUCGCUAUCGAACGAGCAUAUCGUCUCAACAAACGCCCUACUCCACAUGCACGCGACGAGGAGGCGCCUCAGACGAAACGGCCUCGAUCCCAAAAUGACGUCCCGAGGCCAGUCGGCACAUAUCAUACCACCAACCAUGCCUCGUCUGCCAUUGCCUCAUCACGGGUGAUUUCUCCUCGGCGGCGAAACCCGCCACAUAAAGAAGGAUUCGUUACUGGAUCUGCCUACAACGAGGCCAUAGAGUCUCAGCUCUCCCCUACAGCUACGGCAUCUGUCUUAAGCCUGAACGAUUCGCAUGGCAUCAACAUGGGGGCAGAAUCAGCGACUCCACGCCCAAGUGCUCCGGAAGAACUGCUGCGAAACACCAUAGAGAAUGAUGCACACACCACAGAGUCAAUCAAUCAGGAUCCCCCGCCUCCGCCAAAAGUGUUAGACAGCGGUUUCGUCCCCAAGCCCGCACCAAAAUUACAGCCCGAGCAUGAGCCCAAGUCUGAGAAUGAGCCAUCAAAACAGCAGCCGACUUUGCCAAAAGUCAAUGUCAUCUUCAGCGUCAAUGUUUCACCGACUUUGAGCAAAAUCUGGAGUCCUAAAGGCAGUUUUCAAACGAAGUCACUUGCGGAUCUUGUCACGGAACUUCCUCUAAAAAGCAACUUCCAAGGUCUACAUUUUGCCCUGCAAGCACCUGGGAGAAGGUUUGAGAGCGAGGUUCUCCUCGGCGACGAGGACGAGUUUGAGAGCAUGAAAUUUCAUUUUCGCCGCAAGAUUAUGGAUGCUCGCCGUAAUCAUGCCACCACCAAAACUCUUCAUUUCGAGAUCUCAAUCAGCCCUCUCAGCGAUGACCAGAAUGAGGGUGGCGGAGAAUACGAAGGUGAUGAUAACGACCUUGAGAUUUUUUGA